AUGGAUUUGCCUAUUACCUGGAAAAGUUGGGAAAACGUGAGAAACCAGAAAGUUGUGGAAAUUUCUGGAUCAUUAUCAGCUGCUGUAGCGGCUCUAGAAAAAUCUCUAAAACUAUUUAAAAUCCACUAUUUCGUGAAACAUGUACAGGAGCGUGAAUUUGAGAAUGAAAAGGCCAAUAUAUCUCAUCCAAAGGCGGUGCUGAAAGACGAUUUUGCAGAAAAUUAUAGUUAUAUUAGCCAGGAUGAGAUACAAAGUCCUCACUGGGGUCAUAACCAAGUUGCUGUGUUUACUGCUGUUGCAUGGAUUGAAGAUCAAUGCCACUCUUUUGCCAUAAUAAUUGAUAACCUUUCACACGACAAGUUAUGCGCCUUUGUUUUUAUAAAAAAAUUGUUGAGUAGCUACUUACAAAUUAUCCCUCACUGA